UUGUAUGAAAAAGCCUUCCAACGUUGCAGCAGGCAUCCCUGCAGACGAAGCCGAAGCCGUGGAAUUCGUCGCACUUAGCGAUGCUUUCCAACUUGCCUUCAUCAAACAACGAAUGGCGAAAAUUGCUGCUCAGGGUGACGGUAACGCUGAUUCAAUGGGUCCUGUUCCACGGCUUUCCGACUGGCAUGAACCGUGGCCUUCCUCAACGGGUACCUUGAACCCCAACACUAAUAACAACGCACUGAUUGGUAUUUUGGAAUUGCCACCUCCUCCUUCGUAUCCUCCACCCCCGGCAUCCGACACUAGCGUUCCUUCAAACGAAGAUUUUCCAAAGGAUGUGGAAAACAUAGGAAGCAAUGGUUUAGGCCUUUCUUCCAAAAAGGUCUUCCAACCGAUGGAAGACCGAUUCGUCCACAGCAAUUUCGAUACCCAAGCGUACCCUUCAGACCGGAAUAUUCCUGAGGAGCAUAAUAGUGCAGAUGAGCUGGAACCCCAGUUGAACACUAUUUCCAACGUAAACGCCCCAGUUUUCGGCGGUUUUCGACGGCGCCACUUUCUCCGUAUGUCUGAAGGAGGGAAGCGCUUUUCCGGUAUAUCUGAUGCUCAAAUUGUUGGUGGCAGUACAAGACAACCAAAACGCCGUCAGGAUCGAGGUUUGGCUGGCUUGUUCUCCUCAUCGCGGCACAGCUCCUUCUUCCCAAAUACAGGAAGUAGUAAGGAACCAAAUGCACCCGAUCUUUUGGAAUUGUUAAGCGCCCAAAAUUCACCACCAAAGCCACAUAUCUUUCUCGACUUGCGUACAUUUGCCGGUGGCAGUCCAGUUGUUGCACUCAAGGAACGUCUGGAUGCCCAAGCGGUUGCUGACGCAAAGGCCUGUGCGUUCGCUGAAGCAGCCGCUGUUCUGGCUGCCGCCAAAGAAGCCACCGGGGGCCCUAACAAUGCGGAAAGUCUGAGUGGCGGUCAUCCCAGAACAGACAUCCAGAGCGGUAGCCCGGGGUCAUACCCAGUCACGUCGACAUCACCUUGUUCAACGAACUCAACUCAUAGUGAACCAAGUAGGCCUAUCGUUGACUCUAAUGGUUCGAUGGAAUCACCCCCUACUCCUCCAAUAAGUAUCUCUGGUACUCUGGUAAUAACGUGUCGACCUGGACACUCAAUGUAA